AUGAGCACUUCUCGUCAGCAGGCCGUGCCACUCCCCGCUCAUGCCUCAGCAGUAUCGACCAGCACAUCAUCUCCCGCCCAGAAGAAUGCGCGCGCACCCUAUCCCGACAUGUUAGGUACACCCCCGGUUCCUCCCCCGAGGACCUCUUCCACCCACCACAGUCGCCGCAGUCCGAAUGGAACCUCAACAGACAAAACGAGUAGCUCCCGACAAGGCAAGAGCAGAUCUGAUCGAAAAGAAACCCGUGAUCGCACACGCGACGACCGAAAUGGCAGAUCACGGAGGCACCAGACCGAGGAGACAUCUCACGAAGUACAACAAUCAAGGACAGCACCAGUCACAAACCCCACCGAGUCAGAAAUGGACAGUAUCCAUGGUCAGGGGAACUUCGUAAAAGAACCAAGCGCAGAGCUCAAUUCUGUGCUACCCAGCGACCAUGUUAUGGACCAAGAGAGAGAACAAGUGCGACCAGCUGGCACAGAAAACGCCUCUUCAUCUGGAUUCGGUGCAGGUAGCGUCGACGGUGCGGAGGAGGCCCGUGGGCCUCGAAGUCGCCACGAUUACAGUAAUGGAAAUGUUAUCAAGCGCAAAGAAACCACCUUUGGCUCGUACAUUCUCGGACAAACCCUAGGCGAGGGCGAGUUUGGAAAGGUCAAGCUGGGAUGGAAGCGCGAUGGCAGUAUCCAGGUGGCAAUCAAGCUCAUCCGGAGAGACACACUGGGGACCAACCCCAGCCGAUUACCGAAAAUCUACCGUGAAAUCGCUAUUCUACGUGAGCUGGCGCACCCCAACAUUGUGCGCCUCCAUGAAAUGGUGGAAACCGACCGUCACAUUGGUAUCAUCAUGGAAUACGCGUCAGGAGGUGAACUAUUUGAUUACAUCUUAAAUAAUCGAUAUCUCAAGGAUAAUUCUGCACGCCGACUGUUUGCUCAGCUGGUUUCCGGAGUUGGUUAUCUGCACAAGAAGGGUAUUGUGCACCGUGAUCUCAAGCUGGAGAACUUGCUACUGGAUCGCAAUCGCAACAUCAUCAUUACUGACUUCGGAUUCGCCAACACCUUCGACCCGGUGGAUCCUCUAGACGAGGAAAUCGAGUACAACUUGACCAACAAAGAAUACGUGAAACGGAAGCGGCUAGACAAGAUUGGCACAAAUGGGCUAAGGCGAGGUGAUCUUAUGCAGACCAGCUGUGGGAGUCCUUGCUAUGCAGCUCCCGAGCUAGUCGUGAGCGAUUCUUUAUACACAGGCCGGAAGGUGGAUGUGUGGAGUUGUGGUGUGAUCCUGUAUGCCAUGCUGGCGGGAUACCUACCAUUCGAUGACGACCCAGCGAACCCAGAUGGCGACAACAUCAAUCUUCUUUACAAAUAUAUUGUCACUACUCCUCUCACAUUCCCGGAAUACGUCACACCGCAUGCACGCGAUCUAUUGAGACGCAUACUGGUUCCCGAUCCUCGGAAACGUGCAGACCUGUUCGAGGUUGCCCGCCACAGCUGGCUCAGCGAGUUCUCGAACAUUGUGUCUCAUAUCACAAGCAGCACGACAAACGUUGUGGACAUUGCAAACACAACAAUCCCGUCCGAAACCCAAAAAGAAGCGCCCCCUCUCGUCCGCAGUGCCUCGGUACGCGAACCACCGAAGACACAUCAGAACAAUGCUCCUGCUGUUGGUGGUUUGAACCAUCAUGCUGGAGAUGUUUCUCAAGACCCGCCGUCCGAAAAGUCUAGGACCCCCCGCGAUGCCAAGCGGAGGACGGUGCAAGUCGAAUAUGUUGCUCCUCAAUCACAAACGACGCGAGGAGAACCUCCGGCGGAACCGUCAUCACGCAGCCGAGUCCCGGCCCCAUCCGAGGCCCAAAUUGCGGCUUCAGCGCAACAGCUGACAGAGCCUGCACACCAGCCUGCAGAUGCACCGGUACUCAACCUCAACAAGCCGCUUCCAGGACACUUCCCGCGCUCUACCUCGGACAACGCAGCACUUACUGGGUCGCAGACAAUUGCGACGCCGCAAGGGCCCCGGCCAGCCACUGGUGCCUCUAUGAAUUCCUUUGGAAACACUGGUCGUUUGCCUUCUCGCGGCUCCUAUGGACAGCCCGUAGCUCCUACUGUUACCGCAACUAACACAGAAGGCCGUCUAGCACAGCCCAAGAGCAGGCAAUUUGCUCUUGCACAGGAUCCUGCGCAGGCAUCGAGCACAUCUGUCGGUCGGCCAAGCACCCAGAACCAGCAAUUGCCUGCAACCUUCAACACUACUCCUCGACAAGAGCCGCCAAAGGGCCACAAGAGGUCCAAUACUGUUUCCAGCCUAGGCGAGAAGCUUUUCGGCCGCUCUGGUUCAAUAUUGGGUGGCCGUACGCAGUCUAAUGCCACUCGUACAAAGCAGGACAAGCGUUACCCCCUGUCAGCAUGA